UGGCGACUCAACGACCUCACAGCACAAGAGGCUAGGUAGUGGCUGUUACCUCAGAAACAAUGUAGUCCAAGUAAUAAUCAAAGGCGAAACAACAUGUUAUUAUAGUGACAACGUAGCUAGUUAAGAUAAAGGCGGAGAGGAGCAUUUUCUUGAAGUAAUAUUUCGUGGCUGUCAUACGUUCUCCGACCAUAAUGUGAGACGGAGAAAAGGGGAUCUUCGACCGAGCAGCAGUCAUAAUCUGGAUGACAAACAUUGCUAAGUGGUGAUUCUCUAUCAAACUGUCCUCGCUGGUUUUAUUUUAGCUAGCUGGCUAGCUGUAUGAUAUCAUCCAUCGCAAAGAAAGUCAUCUGACAGCAAGUAUUUCAACGUCGAAACCCCGGAGGGGAACCACUGAGGAAGGAUGAAAUUCACGGAGCACCUUUCUGCGCACAUCACCCCUGAAUGGAGAAAACAAUACAUCCAGUAUGAGGCUUUCAAGGAUAUGCUGUAUUCUGCCCAGGACCAGGCUCCCUCUAUCGAAGUCACAGACGAGGACACAGUCAAGAGAUACUAUGCCAAGUUUGAGGAGAAGUUCUUUCAGGCGUGUGAGAAGGAGCUGGCCAAAAUCAACACAUUCUACUCAGAAAAGCUAGCCGAGGCCCAGCGUCGUUUCGCCACUCUCCAAAAUGAGCUGCAGUCGUCGCUGGACGCUCAGCGGGAAAGCAGCAUGCAAGGCCUCCGUCGCCGCCGCAAGGCCGUCUUCCACCUGUCCCAGCAGGAGCGCUGCAAACACCGCAACAUCAAGGACUUGCAGCUGGCCUUCUCCGAGUUUUACCUCAGCCUCAUCCUGCUACAGAACUACCAGAAUCUGAACUUCACAGGUUUCCGUAAAAUCCUGAAGAAGCAUGAUAAGAUCCUGGAGACGUCGCGGGGGGCCGACUGGCGCGUGGCCCAUGUGGAGGUUGCCCCCUUCUACACCUGCAAGAAGAUCACCCAGCUCAUCUCUGAGACUGAGGCCCUGGUAACACAAGAGUUGGAGGGAGGAGACAGACAGCGAGCCAUGAAGAGGCUACGAGUGCCACCACUGGGUGCUGCACAGCCUGCUCCGGCGUGGACCACCUUUAGGGUUGGGUUGUACUGUGGAGUCUUCCUAGUCCUCAUGGUCACCGUCGUCAUCACAGCUGCGGUUGUGAUAGAGAAUGCCAACGUGUGGCCACUGGUGAGGAUCUACCGCGGCGGCUUCCUGCUGAUCGAGUUCCUCUUCCUGUUGGGCAUCAACACGUACGGCUGGCGCCAGGCAGGGGUUAACCACGUGCUUAUCUUCGAGCUCAACCCACGCAACAACCUCUCCCACCAGCACCUCUUUGAGAUUGCUGGUUUCCUGGGGGUGCUGUGGUGUGUGAGCAUCCUUUCCUGUCUGUUCUCCAAAUCCAUUCUGGUGCCCAUGCAGGCCAACCCGCUGGUCCUCUACGGCUUCUUCUUACUCUUCCUCAUCAACCCCUUCAAGACCCUCUACUACAAGUCACGCUUCUGGCUCCUCAAACUGCUGUUCCGUGUGGUGACAGCCCCGUUCCACAGGGUAGAGUUUGCAGACUUCUGGCUGGCUGACCAGCUCAACUCUCUAGGGGUGGUUCUGAUGGACCUGGAGUACCUCAUCUGUUUCUACAGCUUCGAGCUCGACUGGAAGCAACAGGACGGGCUACUGCAGGACAGUGGAGGCGUGUGUCACUCCUAUUCGUACGGUGUGCGGGCCGUGAUCCAGUGUCUACCGGCGUGGUUCCGCUUCGUGCAGUGUCUGCGCCGUUACCGUGACUCCAAACGGGCUUUCCCUCACCUGGUCAACGCCGGGAAAUACUCGACCACUUUCUUCGUGGUCACCUUCGCUGCCCUGUACAGCACUCACAAAGAGAAUUCUGCGAGUCACAACGAAGCUAAGAUCUUCUUCUACCUGCUGAUUGGCUGUUCCAUAGUCAGUUCCUGUUACACCCUGGUGUGGGACCUGAAGAUGGACUGGGGCCUGUUUGACCGAAACGCAGGCGAUAACACCUUACUCCGAGAGGAGAUCGUCUACCCCCAGAAAGCCUACUACUACUGUGCCAUACUGGAGGAUGUGUUGCUACGUUUUGCCUGGACGAUACCCCUCUCCCUGAGCACAGUCAGUGGGAUACCCUCUGCUGCAGACAUCCUGGCCACCAUCCUAGCCCCUCUGGAGGUCUUCAGACGUUUUGUCUGGAACUUCUUCCGUCUGGAGAACGAGCACCUGAAUAACUGUGGUGAGUUCCGAGCUGUGAGGGACAUCUCAGUGGCUCCACUGAACGCUGAUGACCAGACGCUGCUGGAGCAGAUGAUGGACCAGGAGGAUGGAGUCCGGAACCGCCUAGGCAAGAAGAACUGGAAACGCUCCUACAGCAUGUCUCUGAGACGGCCUCGCCUCGCUUCCCAGACCAAGACCCGGGACACCAAAGUUCUCAUCGAGGACACUGACGAGGACACCUGACAUCAGGCCAGACCCAUUGCAUCCAUAGCAUGGGUUCAGAACCUCUUUAAAGGACCACGCCCCUCCUAGGAGCACGCCCCCUGACCCCCUUCCUCCCCCAUCAAUCAGUCGAUCGAUCGUUUGAUUGACCUGCCCCCUUGUCAGCUUCUCCAAUCAGUCCAUCACAGAGCUGCCUAUCUGCACCUUACAUGUAUUGACAUACACACACACACACACACACACACACACACACACACACACACACACAGAGAGAGUGAGUACAAAGACAUGAAUAUAGGAGUAGGUAGAGGAACAAAAUAUUACACACACACCUUGGAACAGCUACUUUUAAGCCACUUUGUUUUUGUUACAUUCAUGGACCAUUUAGUACUGAGUUGACGUCACCCAUUAUUUUUCAGAUUCAUGGGAAAGAGACGAAACAACAAGACUGUACAUGUUGAUGUAGAUAUCAGGAAGAACAAACGGGUGGACUAACUUUUGAUUUCAAGAUGGCUAAUCAGAAAUGAUCGAAUAUAAAAAAAGACAGAGAGCGUUGGACUCUGAACAGUGAUUGCAGAGGAGUGUCUGAUCAGUCUGGUUCUUUGACUUCCUCAUUCCAUGUUUUGAUGAACAUGAUGAUGAAGAUGACUAUAUAUUAAUGUGGCUGUUCUUUCCAUGUGCUAUAAGUUCUUCCACGAAUACCUUGGUUCUUAUUUUAUUUUGUUGAAUGUACAUUUAAUUGUUAUUUAUGCGAGGGGAGAGAUGCCUAAAACAUUUUGGGAGUGAUUUUUUAAAAUUAAAAACAAAAUGGGUGUUUCUGAUUUGAAAUGGCUUCUAAAGUGUAUGCCUGACGUUGCCCAUAAGAACUGUUCCAGGACCUGUUGGGGAUUGGGAUUCAUUCUAAUGGUUAAGUGGGUCGGCCUGAAUAUAAGUCUGAUCAGAGACCAAUGUUUUUAGGCCAUCUCUUCCUAUAAAAGGACUUUGUAUGUUCAAAAACCCUCAGGAGGCUCCGAUGUAGACAAUUCUCUUAAAACAAGCCACACCCUUCGCUGUCUUCAGAACCUUCCAAUCUGGGUUAACUAUAACAUUAUGUUUACUUUCAUGCCAAAUCUAGUCUUUUGUCUUUUUAGAUACCAGUGUGAGCUAAUGCAGUAUCUCAGUAAACUGUGUGAGAAUGGCAGGAUUUUCUACUAUCGUUAUAUCGCUUGCUCUUCUCAGAGCUAGCCAAAUAUCUGCAACAUUCCAUUGAGAGCUGGACUGUGCUUCCACGGCACGCCUCCGUAAGUCACAUAGCACAGCAGAUAUAAAUAGAAUCUAUAGAAGAUAUUUCACUAUUAUCAGCCCUCACUUUUUCUUGGUCAUGUGACAUGAGUUGUCAGGUCACAUGGUCAGGAGAAAAUCAGAGCCCUACUCACUUUUUAAUAUAUACCUUCUGUUCUAGACAUCUUAGUUCUAUCUGCGUUGCUUCGCAGUCUUGUGUCCACUAAGCGGCAUAACGCAGAUCUCUGUUGUCAACUUCAGUUUAUCCAUCUUUAGGGCCCUGUGGUGUUCGUGAUCCGUUCCAUUCCAUUAGAUCUCAGGGCAGCACACCCAAUGCCAGUUAGGAGUCAGGUGUCGCGUAUGUCUGGGGGUGUGCAGGGAUUGGCCUCUUCACCAACCAAUCAUCUCCAUUCUGAUCCACCCAUCCUGAUGUCCACUUCCUGGGUGUGUAGCGUCUUUUUUUUUUUUUACUAGAUAACAAAUUAAUAUUUUCAGUGAAAUUAAAUUAUAAAACAUCAUUAGAUUUCUGCUACAGAGGAAUAUAAGUCAUUCCAUCCAUUCAAUAGUUUUUAUUCGUUCCUAGCUUGAACACUUCUCACUUUGGGUCAUUUGUUGAAUGUAUCGUUCUGUUAGUAAUUCCAGCCAACAAACACGAUGUGUGUGCGUUCUCACAUUUAGUCCCGAAGAGAAGUGUCUGUGACUCACCUAAGGAGUCUUUAAUAUUAGAAUGCAUUCAAUGCAUAUUCUCAGUUCUAAUGAAGGCAAAAGCUUCAUUAGAACUAGAGCUUCAUUAAGCUACUCUUACUGAGUAAACACAAUUUCCUAGAAUUCCUGCCUCUCCCAAAAGCCACCUGAGGGUUUUAACCCCCAUUGUGUGCCCUGGUAGAUUUACUAACCCUGUAAAGAUAUAAGCAAUCAUUUAGGGCAGAAUCCUAACUUGAUAUGCCCGGAUAACUCGUCUCCCAUUGACAUUAAUGCACAAUAUUCAAAGGUUUGAGUUAACCCAGGUGUAUCUCAGGUUAGGAUUUGGCCCAUACUUCUUUAAGUUCAAGCUGCAUUUCGUAGUGUAGAGGUCAACCACAAUAGUGAUUGUGGAAAGCCUGAUGGAGCUUAAAUGUCUGGGGGAACUUGUCUUAAAUAAUGUGAUGAAGAAGAUAACCACAUAAAGACAACAUGGUGUUCGAUUUGUGGCUCCAUCCGAAAUAACAUCCCAUUCCCAAUAUAGGGCACUUAUUUUUAACUUAGGGUACUAUAUAGGCAAUUGGGUGCCAUUUCAGAUAUGUCCCUGGGAUGGUUGAGCUUUCUUGUCGACCAUGUCAUGACCAGCUCAAAGGGAGCCGACCUCGGAGGCUCUUAGACUUGAAUGGAGCUGGUUAGCAAUAACAGCCAUGCAUUAUCCCUGUAAUAAGUCAUAAGUAUAAAGUGAUGUUUGCAGCAGAGGGAGGAGGGACCCCAGUGCCUCAGGGCAAACUGUUGGUUUUCAUAUGGCCUCAGUGUGUUGUAGAUCAAAUAGUUCCUAUUUAACUAGUCACCUCAUCUGAAUGAUUUGCCAGAAAUGCACUUUAGCUGCUAAAAAGAACCAUAGUAGACACAGAAUAAACAGAAACGCAGAAGCUGGGGCCCAAUGAGAACUAGUAACAAUUCAACACACUGUGCACCUUGGGUCCCCCGCCCCUUGAAAAGAUUGUGAUGGUCACCUGUUGUUACUUUUUUAAAUAUUGUGGUCUCUACAGGUCUGGAGACUGUACCACCUAGGUCAACCAAUGAACCUAGUGGGGGAAAUAGAGAAUAUCUGUAUCCUUUUGUUACAUUCCUAAAGUAACAUCUCACCCUUGAGAGAGUGAGCUGGAGGGCCCACACACACACAUACAAAGCCUUGUAAAUAUUAAUGCACAUUUUCUCUAAAGUGCUUACACACACCCUGCUUACAAUUAUACCCUGUACACACACCCAAACACCUUGCUUGGAGUAUGUUCCAGCUAUGAAUGCUAAGGGUGGAGUUGCACUGGACCUGUCUCCCUGUCGCUUCUCAUUGGAUCACUUGAUCUCUUAGAGCUGUCACUCAAAUAGAUCCUCCUAUGGAAGAAGAGUGGAACCUACUGUACCAAAAGCCUGGACCAAAACAAAGCUCUUUAGAAAGUUACAGUGUUUCCCUUCUGCCUAGAACGCUAUAAAGACUGAAAAAACCCAAGUGAAGGAAGGGCCCUGUAUGAACUAUAUGAAACGGACUGUUGCCCAUGUCCCAUAUGUCUCGCCAGCGUUGUGUUUUUAUGUUCCGUUUUUUUAACAUGCUCGCCCUAUGUACUGUCAUCAUACCCUGUACCCCUGGUCACUGUAACUACUACCUUAAGAGUACUCCUCAUGCAUUUGGCAUUCGAUGCUAACUGAGGUGCCUGGAUCGACUCCCUGUCCCUGUUACAUGGUUUUUGAGUUUAAAAAAAGUCAACACAUAUCUGUA